GGGAUAACUCUUAGUGGUUUAUUGUUGUGCGUGAAGAGUUCCAUAUAAACAUCGAAAAUGGCUGGACAUGGUCACGGCCAUGGGCAUUGCUGUCACGAACACAACAGCACCGUGCAAGGAAACGAAGACAGCGCCAAUGCGUUUAAUUUGUAUCUUAAAAUAGACACAGAUCGAAUUGUAUGUUUGAACGAAGCUGUAGAGGAUUCUGGAAAACAUGUCUUUAAACCAUGGAAUGAACGUUUCUCGAAGGAAAAGUAUGUCGACAGUGAUGUUGACGAAGAAUUAUUAUUUAAUAUUCCAUUUACAGGCCAUGUUAAGCUGAAAAGUAUUAUUGUCAUUGGAGGUGGUGAAAAUACGGAUCCAUCAAAGAUGAAGCUGUUCAAAAACCGUCCAGCAAUGACAUUUGAUGACACAAAUGCUGAAGCAGACCAAGAAUUUGAUCUUAAUCCUGACCCAGAAGGCCAACUGCAGUAUGCAACAAAAGUGGCUCGUUUUAACCAAGUAGAACACCUUACAAUAUAUUUUCCUACUAAUUUUGGUGCUGAAUUAACAAGAAUAUAUUAUAUUGGACUUCGAGGAGAUUUCACUACAAUAAAACGCCAUGGAGUCACUAUAUGUAAUUAUGAAGCACGAGCUAAUCCUGCUGAUCACAAGGUCAAUUCCUUAGAAAUGAUGGGUAAGAUGAUUCAGUGAAACAUCUGAUGAGUGGAAAAGGAAGACAACUUAAUUAAAAACAACAAAUGGACACAAAAUACAAUAAAUAAAUAAAUUUAAAAAAUGCUAAUUCAAGAAAAAUAAAAUGUUUCUUCAUAUUUCAAUAAAGUUUUUGUUAAAGAAAUA